UGAAACACUUCCACUCGUCCAGUGACAUAUGACAUAUGAGAAUGAAAUGUCAACUCGUAAAAUUUCUUACAUUAUUAAGGUUAAGCAUAUGUUUAUGUGUUGAAUAAUAUUUUAAAAUAAGUAUUAUUCACGAUGGAAAAGAACAAACAAACCAACCCCGCUACUAAAAAAGAAAAAGUGGACGCCUCCGGACUCACGAAAAAGGAGCGCCGUGCCUUAAAGGUCCAAGAAAAGGGAAAACAAAACCCAGAAAACAAAAAAGACGAUAAAAAGGAAGUACCGAAAGCCCAACCACCCAAAAAUACCGAAAAACCGGUCGUAACAACGAAUCAACUUUCAGAAAAAGAGCUCAGAAAAUUGGAAUGGGAGAAGAAGUUAGCGGAACAAAAAGCCGAAUCGGGUGACAAAAAGGAGGCCCUUAGUAAAGCGGAAUUGCGUGCGAAACGUCGCGAGCAACAAGAAGCGCAACGAUCGGCGAAAACAAAUGUGACUACAACCAAACAAAAAGAGCAAAAAGAGGAGAAGAAACCACAGAAGAAAGCAGCGGAAGUGAAGAAGACACCCGUGACGAAAAAACCCGAAAAAAAGAAACACCUCGUCAGGCGGCUGGAAUUCGUCAAUCACUUAUAUUCUGAUGCAACAUUUGGAAACACAAUCGUCAAUUUUAAGAAUGUGCACCCCGCUUUCGUUAAAUUGGGGGUGCAGUACUCGAGUAAAAGAAUCCUGGGUUCGAAUGCUAGAUGUAGAGCGCUGUUAACAGCCGUCAAGGUUUUAAUUAAAGAUAUACAGACACCCCCCAAACAGGAGUUUUGCCGCUACUUUGAAACCGUGCUUCAGUCAUGCAUGGAACACCUAAACAGAUGCCGCUGCUCCGCUGUCUCUAUGAACAACGCCCUUACUAAUUUCAAAACAGAAUUGCGAAGAUUGUCCAAAAGUGAAGAACCGGAUAAUCAAAAGAAAGAAAAUCUUUUGGAAGUUAUAGACACGUAUAUUGAUCAUCAAAUGGACAGAGCUGGAGAAGCUAUUAGUAUGAAAGUUAAUGAAAAGAUUAAUAAUGGAGACGUGGUGUUGACAUAUGGCUGUUCUUCACUCAUUAAAAAAAUUUUAAGCGACGCUCACUCUAAAGGUAAACAGUUUCAAGUGAUAGUAGUCGACGGGCGUCCAUUUUUAGAGGGACGGCAGAUGCUGCAGCGUCUCGUUCAAAUUGGAAUUAACUGUAGUUAUGUUCAGAUGAACGCUUUGUGCUAUGUUAUGAGUUUGGUUACGAAAGUGUUAUUAGGGGCGCACGCCCUUCUCACUAAUGGCUAUGUAAUGUCUAGGAUUGGUACCGCCCAGGUUGCUUUAGUAGCGCAAGCCUAUAAUAAACCUGUUUUGGUUUGUUGUGAGACAUACAAAUUUAGUGAACAAGUCCUUACAGAUUCAUUUGUAUAUAAUGAACUAGAUGACUCAGAGAAGCUAAUAUGUGUGGAUACUCUUGAGGAAAGUAGUCCUUUGGCGCUUUGUCGUAAUAACGAUAAUUUACACAUCUUGAAUAUGCUGUAUGACGUGACACCGCCAGACUUAAUCACCGCUGUGGUUACUGAAUUGGCUAUUUUACCUUGUACUAGUGCUCCAGUUGUUUUAAGGCUUAAACCUCAAGCUUUUUAAAUUCAAAUGGAAAAUAAAAAAAAUGACAAAUUA